AGGAGCAGAGUGGUCAGUUCCCCUCUUUCAGCCAAUUCGUUAAGUUCCUGAUAAGAGAAGUGAAAAUAGCUUGUAACCCAGUUACAUCACUACAAGCACUAAAGCAAGGUGAAACUGAAAAGCCAAAGCAACAAAGACAACAAAAUGUUAAAGCAAAGACAUUAACUACAACCUCUAAUGAAGAGACUGUGAAAACGUGCGUCUUCUGUAAGAAGAAUGGGCAUACCUUGCACAUAUGCAGGAAGUUCGCAGAGAAAGACAUUCGAGAUAGAGUGAAGUUUGUGCAAGCUGAAAAGCUAUGCUUUGGGUGCCUUAAGGCAGGUCAUCUCUCAAAGAGCUGCAACAGCAGGAGUGUUUGUGAUACAUGCAACAAGCAGCAUCCUACCUGUCUGCACGAGGAGAGAGACAAAGGAGAGCAAAAGGCACCACAAGUUAAGCAAAGCCAAGUUCAAGAGAAGUCACAUAACCAAAAUCAAGAAAAGAAUAAAGCAAAACCUCAAACAGUGCAACCCAAAGACACCGCCACAGCUUCUACUCUACGAGUCAUUCAGGAUGAAGCUACUGUGCAAACAGCUUCAAUAAUUCCUGUCUGGCUAUCGUCUGCCACUCAGCCAGCACAAGAGGUGCUUGUAUACGCACUGUUAGAUUCCCAAAGUGAUACAACUUUUGUGCUCAGUGAAGUAGCUGAUGCUUUGGAGGCAGACAAAGAACAAGUCAAGUUGAAGCUCUCUACUAUGACGUCAAGAACUACAGUAGUUAAUUCUCAACGAGUAAAGAAUCUGCAAGUUCGAGGCUUUUACUCCAGCAAAAGAAUCAGCUUACCACCGUCUUACACGCGUGACUUUAUUCCAGCCAACAAAACUCACAUUCCGACUGGCGAAACUGCAAAGGCUUGGUCACACCUAGAGCACCUCCAAGAAGAAGUAGCCCCUCUGCAGGACUGUGAGGUAGGUCUGCUGAUUGGCUACAACUGCUCAGAGGCAUUGCUCCCAAGAGAAAUCGUGUCUGGCCAAGAAAAUCAGCCCUUCGACUGUUCAGCCAAAUUUCAAGAAACAUGUCUCAAUGAUCAUCUGCUCACUGGACCUGACCUGACGAAUAUACUAGUAGGUGUCCUGUGCAGAUUUCGAAAGGGCUUAGUCGCAGUGAUGUGUGACAUCGAAAGGAUGUUUCAUCAAUUUCACGUGAAAGUCGAAGACCAAGAUUACUUACGAUUCCUGUGGUGGGAGAGUGGUAACUUGGAAAGCAAGCCAUCCACCUACAGAAUGAAGGUCCACCUGUUUGGUGCCGCUUCGUCCCCUGGCUGUGCCAACUUUGGCCUGAAACACCUGGCAGCUCAAGGGCAGGGUCAGUACGGCGAAGACACCAUACGCUUCAUUCAAAGAAAUUUUUACGUAGAUGAUGGGCUUGCAAGCGUUCCCACAGAAAAGGAAGCCAUUCAGCUGGUAAAGGAGGCAAGUGAACUUUGUCAAGCUGGCAAGUUAAGACUCCACAAGUUUGUUUCUAACAAUGAGAAUGUGAUGGCAUCCAUUCCAGAAGAGGAACGUGCUGUAAUCAAAGAUCAAGAUAUGGCUUUGAGUCUACCUCACAUGGAGAGAGCGCUAGGAGUAGAGUGCUGCAUCACGUCUGAUUCAUUCAAGUUCGGAAUUCAAGUAAAGUCCAACCCAUCGACUAGAAGAGGUGUGCUCUCUACUGUAGCCUCUGUCUAUGAUCCGUUAGGAUUCAUGGCACCUUUCGUCCUCCAUGGAAAGCAAAUUCUCCAGCAAAUGUGUAGAGAGAAGAUAGGCUGGGACGAAGAACUGCCAGAAAGCCUAAGACCUCAGUGGGAGUCUUGGAUUACAGACCUACCUAACUUAGCUGACAUGGAAGUCAGAAGAUGCUACUUACCUUCAGAUUUUGGGAACAUCAAGAGGUUUGAACUUCACCACUUCAGUGACGCAAGUACCUCAGGAUAUGGUAUGUGUACUUACCUUAGAGCUGUUGACGAAUCCGAUGAAGUCCAUUGCAGUUUGGUAAUGGGAAAAUCAAGAGUUUCGCCAACCAAAGUCAUGACGAUACCAAGACUUGAGCUGUCUGCGGCAGUAGUUGCAGUUCGAGCCAGCGACAUGCUUCGUAACGAACUGGAAAUCCAAGACCUGAAGGAAUACUUCUGGACGGAUUCCACAGUCGUUCUUGGCUACAUAAACAAUGACGCCAGAAGAUUUCAAGUGUUCGUAGCCAAUCGAAUACAAAGAAUCAAAUCAAGUACAAAGCCUGAGCAAUGGGCCUAUGUUGCAUCUGAGGACAAUCCGGCAGAUCAUGCCUUUCGAGGGUUGACUGCAGAGCAACUUAAGACGUCCAAUUGGUUCUCUGGACCGAAGUUUCUUUGGCACAAAGAAUUACCUGUCCAAGAAUGCAAGGUGGGAGAUGUUAAAGAUGAUGAUCCGGAGCUUCGCAAGGUUCUAGUGUUUAACACUCAAGCAAAGGAAGACAGAUCGUUACUCAACCGCUUUGAGAAGUUUUCUGACUGGUCAAGGGUAGUACAAGCAGUUGCCAGAUUGAAACGACGAGUCAAAGAACACAAAGGUGUGAAACAAAGAACGGACGAGAGUACAAGUUUAGAAGAAAGGAAAGAAGCGGAAGUUGAAGAAAUCACUUGCGUCUGCAAAUGCUUGGGAGGGAGUCACAGUGUUUAUGGCAGAGAAUUCAAAGACACAAGCUCUGCAACCUCAUAUGCUGGGUUUCUUAACUUGGCUUGUUGAAUUUGAUGGAUGGAUGGAUGAUAGAUGGAUGAGUAGAUGGUUGGAUGGAUGGAUAAAUGAAUGGAUGGAUGAAUUAAACUUAAAGGUUACUCUUGUCU